AUGGAUUCCAUCCCGACUGAUCUCGUUCUCAACAUAUUCUCGAGAUUGCAUUCAAAGUCUAUCGUGAGGUUUCGUUGUCUGUCUAAACUAUGGGGUUCCAAACUUCAUCAUCCAUAUUUCACCGACUUGUUCCUCACAUCCUCGACUCGUCCACGUCUCUUAUUCCUCCUCCAAGGAAGCCGCGGGUGGAGCUUCUUCUCGUCACCUCAGCCUCAGAAUCCAUAUGAGAAGUCUUCUCUUGUAGUCGCAGCCGGUUUUCGAGUGAAAAUCCCUGACGAGUACUUGUCGAUGGAAUCUAUUGGAUAUGCCUCUGGUUUGAUCUUUUUCGUUAUAGACAGUUCUCAUAAAGUGCAUGUGAUAUAUAACCCUAGUACAGGGCAAUGUGCGAGCUUACCUGAACUAAGAACAUAUGGAGGGUCAUAUAGCUUUUUAGGGUUUGAUCCAAUUGACAAACAAUUCAAGGUAUUUUCAGUGGCUAAGGAUGAUCAUAGAAUUCGGACAUUAGGAACUAAAGAAAUGACUUGGAGGAAGGUCCAGUGUCCCUUAACUCAUUAUCCUUACCUUGCAUGGUCCAAACGGAUAUGCAUCAAUGGAGUUUUGUAUUACGUAGCUGAACAUGAUACUUCUGAAUUGAUAGUUUGCUUUGAUGUUAGGUCCGAGAAAUUCAAAUUCAUUGAAGUUAUGGAAGAAGAAUGUUUUAUUUAUGAUCAUUUGAUAAACUAUAAGGGUAAAUUAGGUGGGAUUUUUAUGAAUGAUGAUAGCGCUGAUAGAAGUGGUACCCUUAAGUUGUGUUUGCGGGUUCUAGAAGAUGUCGAGGAACAGAAAUGGUCUGAAUAUGUCUACACUUUGCAAGAUGAUAAAAUCGAAGACUGGUAUUCUAUUUCCGUCGUUGGGGUGACUGCUACAGGUGAAAUUCUGUUGUCGAAGGACUAUACAUCUAAACCGUAUUAUGUUUUCUACUUCAGUCCGGAAAGGAACACUCUCCAAAGUGUUGAAAUUCAAGGUUUUGGAGAAUACUAUGAGCAUCGUCAUAGUGUUUCUGCCUUUAUAGACUAUGUAGAGGAUCUAAACUUUUUAUAA